AAGCAUCUAAGGUAUCUUGACCUUUCAUACACCUCUGUUAGAACUUCACCUGAGACAACAACCUUUCUAUGCAACUUACAGACUAUGCUGCUGAGAGGCUGUUGGCAUCUCAAGAAAUUGCCUUUAGAAAUGCAAAAUCUGAUCAACCUGCGUCAUCUUGAUAUCCAAGACACAUGUGUGGAAGGGAUGCCACAGGGAAUAGAAGAAUUAAAACGUCUUCGGACAUUGUCUGAUUUUGUUGUGGGGGAAGGUAACGAAGUCAGUAUAACAGCUUUGACGAAUUUAAAAUUUCUUCAAGGGACACUCCGCAUUUCAAGGCUGGAGAAUGUGGCUAAUGAUUCAGAUGUAAGGGGAGCCAUUCUAUUAGACAAGGAGAAAAUGGACGAUUUGGUGAUGGAUUGGGGGAUUUUUUAUUUUUGGAGUGGAUUGAAAUUUCAAAAUAUUCCAAAUGAAAUUUGCCACAGGGAAGUAAUUGAGAAGAUGAAACCUCACGGAAAUCUGAAAAAGCUCACCAUAAUUCGUUAUGGUGGUAUUCAAUUUCCAUCGUGGGUAGGGGAUCCUUUAUUUAGCAAUUUGGUGAGCCUAAAGUUGGAGAAUUGCUUCAAGUGCACAACCUUGCCGCAACUUGGGCUGCUUUCCUCUCUCAAGUACUUGGUUAUCAAAGAGUUUCCCAAUGUAAAAGUGGUUGAUCGUGAGUUUUAUGGUGAGGGUAUGAGCAAUUCAAAUCCUUUUCCGGCUCUCGAGACGCUGCACUUUGAGGACAUGUAUGAAUGGGAAGAGUGGAAGAUUUGUGGGUAUGAAUUCCCUCAUCUGCGCGAACUUUCUAUUGUUAGGUGUCCCAAACUGUUGGGAACAUUGCCCAGCCAUUUGUAUUCAUUGCAAAAGCUUGAUAUUAUAGAAUGUUGUGAAUUGGUGGUUUCAUUUGGAAGCCUUCCGGUGAUAUCUCUCUUACGCUUAGUAAUCAAUGGAUGCAGAAAGGUUGAACUGGGUGGAGGCUUUAGCUCGGCAAACAUGUUGAAUGUAACGGGACCAUUUUUAUUUCGACCAGAAGAGUUGAUGCGAGGCUUGAGAAAGUUAGAAACAUUAACUAUUGGUUCUGAUGUUUACAUCCCACGUUUCAAUAAUCUACAUUGGAAGCUUGAUGAGGGCAUCGCUGAAAAUGAAGAGUUGUUGCAAAAGGGCGUCGCUGAUAGUGAAAUAAGAAUUUUACAAUUUCAUCGUUGUGAAAGGCUUGAGAGACUACUGCCAUGGCUUCACAGUUUAAAGUCUCUGAGAAAGCUAUCUAUUGAAGGUUGCUUUAGACUUAUUUCUUUGCCAGAUGCAGUAAUUUACAGCAGUUUGUGUCUUGAAGAGUUGACAAUUGAUUAUUGUCAUUCUUUGAUUUCCAUUGGAAGACAUCAGCUGCCUUCAUCUCUAAAAAGGCUAAAGAUCAGUCACUGCACCGAAUUGCAGAGGCUGCUGGAUGUGGGAGAGGCUUAUUCCUCUUCUAGGGUUACUGAUGAGGAUAGUAUCAGCUGCAACACUAACUUAUCUAAUCUCCAGAAUUUGGAAAUCGAUGGCUGCAGCUCUCUUACAUUCUUAGGGGAGUUACCUGCUUCCCUUAAAUAUCUGGUUUUGAAUUGUUUCUCAUUUCACAGCAUAAAUGCAAAGAUAGAGUCAAUAGCUGAAAGGUUUGACAACAACACAUUUCUUGAAUCUUUUAAAAUCAGAUAUCUUCCUUAUCUUAAAUCCUUACCCAAGAAUCUGCACAUACUCAACAAUCUCCACCACAUUAAGAUAAGUCACUGUGAUAAGCUCAAAGUCCUUCCGGAUAAUAUGCACAAUCUCACUUCCCUUCAAGAAUUAGCUAUACAAGAUUGUCCAGGCAUUAUAUCCUUUCCAGAAGAAGGCUUCCCCACCAACUUGACAUCACUUUGUAUUCAUAAUGUCGAGAUUUAUACCCCUCUGUUUGCUUGGGGUUUGCACAGACUCACCUCUCUCAAGAACCUCAGUAUAGGCGGAUGUCCUGGUGUGUUGUCCUUUCCACAGGAUGAGAUAGAUAUGAAGUUGCCUACCUCUCUUACUAGCCUUAUCAUUGAAGAAUUCCAAGACCUGAAAUACCUUUCCAGCAAGGGUUUUCAAAGCCUCACAUCACUUGAAUAUAUGAGGAUCGUGAGAUGCCCUAAACUUGUCUCCUUUCCAAAGAAUGGUCUGCCUCCCUCUCUUUUGCAAUUGCAGAUCUACAACUGCCCUCUACUUCAAAAAAGCUGCCAGAAGGGUAAAGGGCGAGAGUUGCAAGAAUUAGCUCGCAUUCCAUUUGUGGAAAUUAUAGGUAGUUAAAAAAAAAGAAGAAGAAAGAUUAUCCUGCAUUCAAGGUGAGGAAUUAUGGUUUUAAGGAUUGUGCUUAAUACAGCAGAAACAUCUUUACAUGAUUCCGACAAAUGGCUGAAAAAAGUGGAAAACAGGUUCAAGACCAAAGAAUGGCAGCAUAUGACCUAGACCAAUUGAAGGACUGGCCAAAGGUUAUUUUCAUAUCUACACAUUUAAGAAAGCUUUAGAGUUUUGAUACUCCAAUCUCCAGGGCUAGCAAGCUCAAGGCCUGACCAAAGACUUGAAAAUAACAAGUCAUCCCAGCAUCAUC